AUGUUCUUUUUGGAUACAGGUGUAGGUAAAUCAAGUAUUGUGUGGCGGUUUGUGGAAGACAGUUUUGAUCCGAAUAUCAACCCAACAAUAGGGGCAUCUUUUAUGACCAAGACUGUCCAAUACCAAAAUGAGCUACAUAAAUUCCUAAUCUGGGAUACAGCUGGACAAGAACGAUUUCGUGCCUUGGCACCAAUGUACUACCGAGGAUCGGCUGCAGCUAUAAUAGUUUAUGAUAUCACAAAAGAAGAGACAUUUUCAACAUUAAAGAACUGGGUAAAGGAGCUUCGACAGCAUGGCCCACCUAAUAUUGUAGUCGCCAUUGCAGGAAAUAAGUGUGAUCUUAUCGAUGUCAGAGAAGUCAUGGAGAGAGAUGCUAAGGACUACGCUGACUCCAUUCAUGCGAUUUUUGUGGAGACCAGUGCAAAAAAUGCGAUAAACAUAAAUGAACUCUUUAUAGAAAUUAGUCGAAGAAUUCCAUCCACUGACGCCAACCCGCCAUCUGGUGGUAAGGGCUUCAAACUCCGAAGACCGCCAUCAGAGCCAAAGCGAAACUGCUGUUGAUGAGCCUCAGCCUCUCAGACUUGAUGAAGUAGGUGAGGUUAGAAAUUGGCAGGAGGGCUGCAGGCCCUGCUGAGCUGCUCUUGAGUCUUCUUCAUACAAAAAGGACUUACAGAAAUUGACCAGUUCUGUGCUCUUUGAAGACUGCAACAGUGUAUUUCAGUCUGCAGACUUGUAUUGUGUCAAGACUCUGGUGUACAAAGGGACUGCGUCAUUGGCUUUUGACCUUGCUGAAAGGAACAUCUAAUUGUAUGAGUGGUAGGAUUAAAUUGCUGAGUACUUUUGUAAUCAAGGUUUUAUGUAACAUUUGUAAAGGGAAAAUUAGCACUUUCAUGGUCUGUGAAAGAGGGAGACUUUUUGGAGAUUUUCAUUUCCUUGAUUUUCCAUUGCCACUGUUAAAGGGAGUUGUAUCAUUUAAAAUGUGGUAGAAUUUUGCAAGUGGGGAGCUGGCAGUUAUUCUUUUAAAGUAAAAUGGGUUAUUUCUAGGGUGGAUGGAGAUGAUCACAUCUCUGCUCUGCUGGGUGGAUUCGCCGCAGACCUAUGCAGUGAGCUGACGUCAUGGCGGCAGCUCCCACCUCACUCGCGUUGGGUUUGAUUUUGACUGUCGUGUGUGGCACCACACACAUUAUUGGUACCUCUUUAAAUAAGCUCUGUGAACAUGGUGGUGGUAGAGAGAAGGUGCCUGGACAAAUUGAACUGCAUAUAUUCUAAACGGACUAGCAUAAAAAAGAAGAGAAGAAAGUACAGGAAGUAAUGUAAAUGCUAUCAGUUUUAUAUUUAACCCAAGUAUUUUGGUGAGGAAAACAAGUUGCUUAGCAUAUGUAAAGUCGUCUAUAUUUAUGAGACCAUUGCUUAAAGAAUAUGUUAUGUAAAUACAUUAAUAAAUUGUAUCAUUCAACACUCCAUUUAAUCUUGAACCCAAUCUUGUGUAUGCCCACCCAUUUUCAGCCUGUCUGUGAGAUACUCUGAGGCACAUUUAUGUUGUACAGAGAAAUAAGAGCACUUAGCUCGCAGUCUCUUGUGGUUUCUCUGCCUUCCUUUCCACCGACCCUUCUUCCCUCCAGAUCUCACUGGAAAUGGUAAUGAAAGACAUAGUCUGCUUUGACAAGCCUGACUAGUCUUUACUAGCGGGGGGGUAAAAGAAGGAGCUCCAAGCUCAAGUCAUUUACCUGGUUUGGUCAUUUCUGUUAGCUUUUACAGCAACUUCAGACCAACUGUUUGAAGAGCACUUUCCUUGUCAACAAUUUAGCUUAUCUUUCUGUUUCCUUUAUUUUCCCCUGCUUCUGUUAGUGGUUAACAACUCUUUUCCCUCAGGGAGCCUAAUGAGGUUUUUAAUACAAUCUAAAAAUAAAGCACUGAAGUGAAGUUGGUGAAAAUUUGUUCCUGGUCUAAUUUGGCACCCUUCCAACCUGAGUAUUGUAAGAAAAGGAAAUUUACAAGAUUAAAUAGGAAAUGAAACAGCUUGAAUUUCAAACUAAAUUGUGUUUUCAGAGCUAUCCUUAAACUGAACAGUCAAAAGUUUUAAAAAUAAUUGUUAUUUUUUGUGCCCCCCACUUGAUAUGGAUAGAUUUUAAUGGGAAAAUUAUAACUCAGAUUAAGUUUAAAAAAAAAAAAAAGAAGCAGCCUUUUCCUAGUUGUACAUCUUAAGCAUUUGACAUUGUUUUGUUUACUAAAAUCAUAUAGAAAAGAUGCAGUUAGUGAAAAUUCUCAUGCUGUUUUGUAUAAAAUACAUGUAGAUUCUUUAUCUUCCUAGCAUCUUGUUUCCAAGCCAGCAUCAAAUUAGCAAACUAGUAAAGAAGACAUGUGAUUCUCAGAGCUGGACGCUUUAUACCUAAGGGUGGCUUGAUUACAUUUUAUGUAUCUUCAGGUGUUCCAGGGCAUGCAGGCACCACCCUGGUCUGUCCCUAGCAUUCCCACUGCUAGGCCUCUGUCUCCAUGACAACAAAACAAAAACAAAGAUUUCUAAACUCAUUACAUAGGAGGCUAUGCUUGUGUGGCCUUUUCUGCCUUAUUUCACCAAAAAACAACUACUUCAUGACCUUCACCAAACCCGCCACCAGAUGCUACACAGGUAAAGGGAAGGUCUUCUGAGCCUCAUCUAAAUGCCUCUGGUCGCAGCUGAUGUUCUAGCCCAGUGCCCUUUACAGCUGGUUUCUCUUGCUGAUUUUUAUGCUCCCAUCCAUAUGUAGAGAGUGACUCUGUUUGACCAUAGCCACUUGUCUUAUUAACAGCACAAGUGGCGUGGAGUUUGUGCUCAUGCAUUUCUAGGACCUAUUUGCCCUCAUUUUCACCAGUCUGUCCAAGAAAUUGAUAGGGUCCUGUUUCUCUUGUUAUUGUAUCAUUCCAAUACUUAAGAACAACGUUUGUGUCUCGGCUCCAUAAUUCAUACUCAGUGAUAGCAGGAGGAAAAGGUUUUUACUUACUUUGUUUGCAUCUAAAAUGCAAAGAUAAUUAUCGAAGUCAAAUCAGUGCUUUAUUUUGAACACAUUUUGGAUUAACCUAAGCAGUGAUCAAAAAAUUAUGAGUAAAACCUAGACUUCAGAGAAAUUAAGACAUAGCCCAUCCAUAAAAAUUUUUUGGUUCCCUCACGACACAGCCAUUUUUUUUAAUUUUGGGACUAAACAGAAGGGAAAAAUCAUUAAUUAGCUGCAAGUGUGUAUUGAUUCUAUUCAGAGAAAUUGAAAUAAGCUCUUUGCAGGUGUCCAAUCCUAGAAACCAUUGGUCUCCAGAUCUCUCCUACAUAAGUGUUUUUCUGAUUCUGUGAUAACUAAUUAACUAUCAUGUGGUGAUUAAAAGAACAUAAAGUAAGAGUAUGAUUAAGUGUCCUUCAUUUUAAACUCUCUGUAAGAAGUGAUUGGGGAGAAGUACCUACUGCAAGCUCUUCUGUUUCCAAGUGAAACCUCCAUUGCCUGCUUGUCAGCCACAGUGAGGAUAAGUUCUGCACAGAGCAGCUGCAAGGUUUUUCCUUUUAAAAUAAUGUGCAUCCUUGUUUCCUGUUUGUGAUGCCUCUUCUCUCACUGUGCUCCUAUUACCUACCCAUGGCUGCAGGGAUCGAACUUUUCAAUUAGACUUGAUCUCCUUAAGUUGGCCAGUGUCCUUGUGGAGGUUAUCAGUUCUCUUUAUUUUUAAAUAUAUAAAGGGGAAGAAAACUACAUUUAAUUUUAGAACUUCUCUUUUAUAUCAGUUCCUUGUCUCGAGAAAGAAAAUAAUAGCUAGGAGGCCUCCAAGAGAGUUGCAGGAAUGAAAGUGUCCUUUACACAACUAUUCCAUGGCUUUGCUGGAACUAUCAGCCAAGAAUUUGUGUUUUUAUGGCUUUGAGUUUAGAGGACCAGUUGGGAUCAUAGUAACACUGCACUAAUUGGUAUGUUGGCCUCCCGGAGGCAUUUGUUCAGCUACGUGCACCUUUUAUACUCUGAGAUUGGAUGGCUGAAGAUUAUAUAAAUUGUGUUUAUCACCUUUUCACUCAUUCUCUCAGAACAAGGACAUGAUGCGUGGGCCCUCAGAUCAUGAGCUAUGGCUUACAGUGUGUUAUUUCUGUAACAGAUGAGCCCCUAAACAUCCAGCUGUCUCCGUAAGACCUGUGUAAAUAAUGAGAGAAUUAUUUUUUUUCCAGAGAAAAGCUACUGGAAAUCCUUUAGCUUUGUCUAUACUAAAUACCAGCUUUAGAGCAUUUGGAGAAAUGACGGCCCCCACACUUGGGCCGGCUCUCCUUACUAAACUCAUUAGGCUCUGAAUGUCUGUCUUGACACUGACAGGAGAAACAUAGAUGGCAUAAAUGAUUUAAAUUUGUUUAAAAGGGAUGAGUGACAGUUUUUGUUUACUGUCUGAUUUUUAAGAGAUACUCUACCUCUUAACAGUUAAUAGUUUUUAAAGGAAGAAAUGGAAUGUAUCUUCAACGAUCAGGCUGUUAACUAGGUACCUGCCUUCAGUCAGCUUCAUUAAUCAAAAAAAUAAUUUUUAAUGAGGCUCAGUGGCAGAGCAGUAGCCUAGCACUUGCAGAGCCCUGGGUUCUAUCCCCAACACUGCAAAAAAAGAAAAAGGAAACAGUUUGUUUUUAAUGGUUCCAGGUAAUGUUAGGUCGUCCUGUAAUACUAUGAUUAAAAAUAUUCCAGGCAAAAAAUUACAUAGGAGAUAAACAGUAUACUGUAUAGUUUUAGAAGAGGGAAGUGGGAACGGAAUUUAGCCCAGGAUUUAAAAAACAAUCUCUGCAAAUUUCUUUUGACAGCAGAGUUGCUUGUCUUGACUUCCAGUAAUAGAAAACCAGGCAAUUUGAUUAUCUGAUUUGCAAGAAACAUUAAUGAAAUUCCAGGGCAUUUGUCCUGUUUUAUGUGCAAAUGAAAGUCUAAAAAAUAUUAGAAAGGCAUUACGUUUUUCAUGAGCCUCUGUUUUUUUUCAUCUAAGGGAAUGAAAAGUGAGAGGCCUGUUGUGAUGAAUUUUCAUUAGACAUAAUGAGGAAAGUGAAUAAAUAGAACCCAGAAUCGCCAUAUUUCUCAGUUCAGACUUCAGGACUCUCUUCGCACAUGGGAAAAUGAUUUACUUUCUAAAUCUAGAAGCACUUCUAGUCACAUAGAUCAAAUUUAAUUUGAUGAUCUGAACCAUCAGAAAUAACUAAUAUCUGUGUUCUUUCCUUUCAGAGUAUAAUCAGUUAUAGAUAUGCUAAAAUAUUUUUGGCUUCAAAACAAAAGGAGUUUGAAGUUUAAUUUUAAAAAUCGAAAACCUUUCAUCUGUUCCUUUUAUUAUGUUGAGUAUUUUCAAUAGCAAGAUUAGGGUAUACCAACAGUAGAUGGUGAAAUUAAAACCAUGAUGUGUAACAAAUUUAAUACAAAAAAUUUUAAUUUGCUGCUAGUUCAUUUUGAGAUCUAUGUGUUGCCCACUGCCUCAUCAAAAUGCUUCACAAUUGCAAUAAACAAGAGUCUGGGUAGCUUUCUGUGAAGAAAAAUUCAGGUUCCAUGUUCCUUCUGCCAAAUAAUGGGAAGUCCUAAGACAGUAAUUUUUUGAGAGCGACUUCUUUAGUUGACAGUUUUAAACUGUAGACUUUAAUGUCUUCCUUAACCGUGCAAUAGAAACAAUACAUGCUUUUUUUAUUGAAGCCACUUCUGGAUUGAGAAACUUUCUAGUGUUUAAGGAAACCCUGUUUAAUGCAGAACUUUGGAGGAAAUUAUCUUUUUUUUUUCUCAUUAAGUUUACUGGUACAUUUUAGGUAUACAGUACAGUUACA